UUCUUUCGUGAGGUUCCUGCCUAAAGUGCCAACUGCCUUAAGGUGGUGGUUACCUAGGAAAGAGCCAUUCACAUCUAAAAAAUUGAACUUCGUUGGCAAGCACGGUAGGUACUUCUCUUUCACCUGCCUUACGCCUGCCCUACGCCUGCCCUACACCUUCCUUACGCUAGCCCUAUCUUACGCAUCUCAGGCAUCUCAGCCUCGUUACACACACGAAUACACACACACUUUUCUCUCUGUCUCUCUCUGCCACUGCCCCGUUUCUCGUAAUUUUCCAGAACAUCGGAUUCUGCAAUCACUUGCAUACGAACACGGGUUCAGCUAUAGAUCAUCGGCGACAUAAUAUGACGGAUCUGUCUAGUCGUUCGCCUAUCGAAUAAGCUGAAAAAUCAGUAGCAAUGAGCGAGCGACCUAUCCCUACAUACUAACGAUACCAGCAUGGCCACGUCCCUGGGCGAAACAACUGGCGGUCAGUCUGACCUGCGCAGUGACAAGGGAACAAUUGCUGGAGAAGAUGUCGUAAAAUCAUCGCAUAUCUCUAAGCACAGUGAGCUGAUCGGUGACCAAAAUGUUACCAAAGGCUCUCCUACUACCCAAGAUGAUGCAGACCCAGCCAACAUAGAAGAAGCUUCUGACGAUAUUAAACAAGAGGUCCAACUUGGUAUUGAACCUGAGGCAAAGAAGAAGAAGAGAAAGAAGACCAAGAAGAAGGGUGCUGCUGGUCGAAAGAAUGUUACUGGCUUUGAAGAAUUCUAUGCCGAUGCUCCCACAACCCCGGCCCAAGCUGCCAAGGAGAAGAAAGAAAUCUAUAACCCGUCGCGCCCCUUUUCCGAGCGUAUCGAAGAAUGCAUCCAGAGAUACCGAGCUAGCCGUCGCAUGAGCAGCGAACGUACCAUGCUCUUCAACAAGUAUUUGUGGCUCGGGGGCGUCGAUUCAUCACCACGCCAGUUUACCGGCUUUGCCGAGGACCGAGAGGCUAUGGAAGGCAAAGACCCUGAUGAGGUCCGUCAGAUGACAGCAACAGACUUCGUUGGCGGUAGUGGUCCUCGCUUCUACAAUCCUUUAGAGCCUGAUGAUUGGUUCGUCGACUUUGAAGGCAUCGUGAAAUGUUUCCUAUCUAGAGUCGUCCCAACCAUCUACAUGUACGAUGAGGCAGCUAUUCUUCAAGCCUCAAACCUUGUCAAGAAUUUCCUCAAUUAUGUCCUGAUGCAUGACGUUUGUCCCGAGUACAACUUUGACAUCAUGGCCGCUAGAAGAAUCUGCGACGCUGCCCCCUUUGAGUUGAGCAUGGUGUAUGAGCUCAUGAGUUCACUCCCAGGUCCCUUCAACACCACUGCCGACUCGCUCUUCUCCGACAGACAGGUAGAUGAGCAUGAUGUACCUGACCACUAUGAUAAGCUGAUCGCUUUCCGCGUUACAGUCUUCUCGUCAGCUCUUGAUCAGAAAUUCAAGAAACAACUUAUGGACUCCGACCCCACCGCCAUCCAUGUUAUCAAUACAAAGGAUGAGACUUACGAAGUAGUGGAUACAAUCAUGCCUCGCCAGAAAGAUGUUUCAAUGGUGGAGGAGAUGCUCGAGGAAACUGGUCAUUCUGGCAAGGGAAAACCGGCCGGCAUUCUUGUUCUAAAGCCUUCUAUCAUUGACUUCGGCUUCAAUAACUUACCUCGUCCGGAUCAAGUCGACCUCAGCGGUGCAGGGUCAGAAGACUACUUGCUGGAAGACGAGUUGCUUGAUAAGUUUGACAAGAGAAUGAAGAUCAGGGCCAUUGUAUGCGAACUUAACAUUGGCAUUCGCUUCAUCAAGGCCGUGAAAGACGUUCGCGUCCCUUUUGACCUAUUCUUACCUCAGAUCUUGAUGGAGAACUGGAAAGAACCUGGUCCUGCCACGCGUCCACCUCCCUCAGCUUCCAACCCAAAUAUUGAGGAGAAGGUUAUGACUGACGAUGAUGACUAGAUGAUACGAGAUCGUGAUGCCGAACUCAACGAACCAAACCGGACGAAGUCAAGUGCGCAUGAGAAACCAGAUAAAGGUUUGAGCAUAGUAUUACGUGAGCUAUUGCCGAAUAACUACUUGAUGAUGCGUUUAAUUAUGGCAUAUAGGGCAGGAGUACAAACCUGGCCUAUUAAAUAGGUAUGUUCCUAUUAGUUAAUUGCUAUCCCUGUAGAAUACAGCCGCAAGGCAAAUGAAUGCAACGAGUUUAUACUAUGAAAGCAUCAGCUUCAAAUUCAUAACUUACAAAUCACCUGGGUGGAUCUACGCCCCGUAACAACUCAGAGCCGGGGCUUGCCUCCGCAAAGGCAAACCUGAAGACUUGAGGGUCCUAGAUCUCCUGUCCUGCUGGAUCUUGAUGUGUGUGAGCUCUUGGCGUUGUUGGCUCUAUCGCGUCCGGCGCAUCGUGGCAUGAGAAAAAUUUAGGCUGCUGUGCCUCUUGGCGCGAGUCCGCGCCGCACUACUUGCCUGAAAAGACUAGGAUGGUUAGUUGGUUGGCUGUUGUUUUCUUGGCCUUAUCAUCGCCAACAGGCGGAAGCCGCUUUACUGCUACA